AUGGUGUCUCCCACCAAGAAGAAGGGACGUGUCAGCCCUCAUCUCUUCGAACACGUCUUCGCCGACCCCGUCGCCGAGGCCGAGGCCAACGCCAACGCGGAAGCCGCGACGAGCCAGAAAAGAAAACUUCGGCCCCGCAAUAAUGGAGGAUGGACCGACGAACUGAAGAAGACCACCCAGGAAGCCGACGACCAGGAGAAGGCGCCGGAGGAAAAGGAAGUCUUCGUGGUCCGGAACCCCGCGGAGGAAGACCGAGGAUGCCGUCGAGGAAGAGGACGUCCUCGCGGUAGACGUAAUGGUCGUGGUCGUGGCCGUGGCCGCGGCCGUGGAGGUGCAACCCAAGACACUCAAGGAUCUAAGGAGCCAGUCGUGGAUGACCGUCUUCCCUACGGAUUCCCCGCAGAAGGUCAAACCAACCGACAGAUCUCGAAGCAGCCAGAUCAGUAUCUCUACGACGCAGACGGUGAUUCUUCUGAAGCCGAGAAAGUUCCUGACUCAACGACAGGUAAUUUUCGAUGA